CAGCAUUUAGUGGAACCUGUUUUUCUCUCUCCGGAGCCGGUGCUGGGAGGGGGAGGGACAGCGGGGACCGUCCCGGGCUGCGCUGCUGCCGGGCGGGCUGCGGGGGGAGCCCGGGAGCAGCGCGGGGCUCCGGCUGCUCCGGGAGGGAAGGAAGGAAGGAACCUCCGCAGCUCCCCCCGGCGCCGCCGCUCCCGACUUCCCCGCGGCUGGAGCCCGGGCAGCGCUCCCGCUCCACCUCUCCGGGCCGGGAGGGGGGCUGCCGGCCCAGUUCUUCCCCACCUUCUCCUCGCUUCUCCUCUCCGCCGGGCGCUUCCCUUUCCGCCGGGCGGGGCGGGGCGGGGCGGGGCGGGGCGGGGGGCGGUCGCGGCGGCGCGGCUCGCUGAUCGCAGGGCGGGCGCUGCCAGUCCGCCGCCUCCCCCGCGCCAGCCGCCUCCCAGCGCCGGAGCCGCACGGCCCCAGCCAGCGAGCGCCCAGCCCGGCCCCGGCCCGGCCACCCGCCAGCCGCCCCCCAUGGAGGAGCAGCCCCACCACCACCAUCACCACCAUUACUACUACUACGGCCACCACCACCACCACCACCCGCAGAGCGCCUACCUGCCGCCGCCCGACGGCCGAGCCCAGCCCAAGCCGCCGCUCCGACACGACCACAAGCACAGCGGCCCGCAGCACCAGGAGGGACCGAAGCGGAGAGCAGGCUACGGAGAGCUAAAUGGUAACGCAGGAGAAAGAGAAGUGUCGUUAAAGGGCCUGUGCUCUGAUGAAACCGCCACCCCGGGGUCCAGGGUCCCCAAUGGCAGCCAGCAGCUUGUAGACACUAAUGUGACCCCGAAGCAGACCGUGAAGGCCGGUGCUUUGGGGAAAGCUGGAAUCAAAACCAAGAACUUCAUUCAGAAAAAUAGCAUGGACAAAAAGAAUGAGAAGUCCUACGAAAAUAAACUUAGAGAAAGCCAGGCCUCAGACAAGCCGGAGGGAGUGUCUAUUCCAAACGGUGUGGUUAAUUCUAGUUAUAUCACGAAUGGCUACGUAGGCAAAGGGGCCGACAACGAUGGUAGCGGCUCCGAGAGUGGAUAUACUACGCCUAAAAAACGGAAAGGCAGGCGCAACAGUGCCAAGGGUUGUGAGAAUCUGAAUCUAGUACAGGACAAAAUAAUGCAACAGGAGGUCAGCGCACCAACCCUGAAACAGGAACUUGAGAGUUUCAAGCCUGAUUAUAGUGAGCAAAAGGGGAACCGAAUUGAAAAUACUAAGCCUGUUUGGAAAUACGAGGCUGGGGCUGGUGGAGCAGGCCGGGGAAAGCCUGGGCUUGGGGAUGUACAGCGAAAAAACUCUGAUGCCAAACCUGGGAUUAGCAGCAAGAAGUUUGAUGACCGGCCCAAAGGGAAACAUGCGUCGUCGGCUACGUCUAAAGAGGACUCAUGGACCUUAUUUAAACCACCCCCGGUUUUUCCAGUGGACAAUAGCAGUGCUAAAAUUGUUCCCAAAAUAAGUUAUGCAAGUAAAGUUAAAGAAAACCUCAACAAAGCAGCUCAAACCCCAUCCACGUCGUCUUCGUCGUCUUCGUCAUCUGCCGGGGAAACUCAGGCCCAAACAUCAAGUCGACUGUCCCAAGUCCCCAUGUCUGCUAUGAAAUCUGUUACUUCUGCUAGCUUCUCGAACGGCCCCAUCCUCGCAGGGACUGAUGGAAGUGUCUAUUCUCCAGGGACCCAGCCACUGCUCUCGACUGCUGCUAGUACUGUACCGUCAGCCUCCUCCGAGUCAGCGCCCCAGGACAUGAGUGCAGCUUCAACAGCUCUCGAACAAAAGAAAUCUAGCCUUUUUAUCUACCCUUCAAAUAUGCAAACUGUGCUCCUGGGUACGGCGGCGCAAGUCGAUUUCCCCUCGCAGGCGAAUCAGCAGAACCUGGGAGAUAUCUUCCAGAAUCAGUGGGGCUUGUCAUUCAUAAACGAGCCCAGCGCUGGACCCGAAACUGUUGUGGGGAAAUCCGCGGAUAAUCAGUUAAUGGAAGUGACAUUUCAAGGGGAAUAUCCUGCCGCUUUGGUUUCACAGUGUGCUGAAAUCAUUCCCUCAGGAACUGAACAACCUGUGUUUCCUAAGGCUUACGAGCUGGAUAAACGGACUAGCCCUCAAAUUCUUAGUGCUAUUCUUAAGCCUGGGACUGCUGUUGAGGGUGGUGUCUUAGCCUUGGAGUCGCAUCACACAGGUGACCUACAAAAGGCAGACACCGGUAGCCAAGGUGCUUUAGUGUUUCUUUCAAAAGACUAUGAAAUAGAGAAUCCUCUGGCCUCUCCUACGAACAAUUUGCUAGCCUCCGCCAAAGAACAGAGGUACCAGAGAGGCCUAGAAAGGAAAGAUAGCUGGGGUUCUUUUGACCUGAGGGCUGCUAUUAUAUAUCACACUAAAGAAAUGGAAUCGGUUUGGAAUUUGCAGAAGCAAGAUCCCAAAAGGAUAAUCACUUACGAUGAAGCCAUGGAUCGCCCGGAUCAAUGAAGAGUGAAUGCAAGUGAUUAACGAAUACAGACUCAAUUUACAAGCCCGGUUCUAAAGUUCCUGCUGUCGUCUACACGGGCAACAGCAACCCACUGGAGAGGCAUUUCCACUUGACGAGGUUUCUGUUUCUUGUUCUGUGACUGUAGUGACACACUAAUCACAGGGAAAUCAGGAUGAUUCACCAUCCUUCAUCUCCCCUUUCCCUUCCACCUCCCCUUUUUGGGUUUGGGUUUUUGGUUUUUUCCCCUGUUUUCCAUUGAACGCUGGAGAGAAACGCCUUGAAGUUUGCAGAGCUUCUAUUUUGUAUUUUUUUUCCAGAGAAUUAUAAUCCGCAUGUUUUUGCCAGGAGUAAAGCAGCCGAUCCUGUGCUGGGGGAUAUUGUCUUAAAGCAUCAUUCUUCUGGGGGAAAAGAUGGUAAUACUGCAGUUCUAGGAUGCAUGGUGAAGUCACACAGUUGACCUGGCUCCGGUUACACGUCGGACUAUUGCAACUGAAGAGUUCUUUCAUUUUAAAAGACAACGUGCAAAAAUAAGCAAUCUGUUUAGGCAUUUAAUAUGGAUUAAAAAAAAAAAAUCAACAAAAAACCCACUGUUCCCACAGUUUAAUGCCAUUGUAUUUCUGGGAGCAAAAAAAAAAAAAAAAAAAAACUUCUGCUUUCGACUGUAGGUGCUUCAUAUUUGCUCUGUCUGUCUCCUAACACUAAAUGUGCCGGAUUUUUUUCCCAUUUUUGUUGGAAAAACUGAAGAGGAAUUGAGUUCUGCUAACUUUCACCCUUCUUGAAUUAUUUUUUUCUCUUUAAAAAAAAAAAAAAGAAAAUUCAAAAGGAAAAAAAAAAGAAAAACAAAAAAAAAAAAAGAAAAAAAUAGAAAAAUGGGAAUUUGAAUCCUUUUCAAUUUGUCCAUAGAAUGCCAAUGGCUGGGCUUCCCGCACCUGCCCGUUGGAAAUGCUCUUUUAUAUUUUAAUGCAGUCUGUGUAUUUCCGGGCUCUGCUUCUAAUUAUCUCUUAAUAAAAAAAAAAAAAAUAUAUAUAUAUAUAUUUUAUUACAAAAAUGGAGGACUUAGGAAUGAAAAAAAAAAAUAAUUUAAAAAUUCAAAAAAAAAAAUAAAAAUCCCAAGGAAAGGAAAGCUUCCUCGCAGUGGUAGAGAAGGCUGAGCAGACUGCAGGCUCCAGCUGUGUAACCCGCUCUGUCCCAUUGCAGCUUGUGUAGCGUGUCCAGAUCAUUUUGGGGUAGUUUUUCUGGGUUUUGGGGUUUUUUUGUUUGUUCGUUGUUGGGUUUUGUUUUGGUUUUUGUUUUGGGUUUGUUUGUUUUUUUUUUUUUUUUUAAGAAGGUGGAAAGUUCACAUGGUCCAGUGCAAGAGCGAGCGAUGAAUGAAGCAAAAAUGGGUUUUCUGAUCUGCCCAAGCCCCACGGGUACCCAAUGCUCAUCGUGGGUGUUCGUGGCUGAAUAUUGGCCAACGUGUGUCUGGGCAUCGAGGUCGGCAGCAGUUGGUGUCUCCCAAAAUUAGGCGGGACCCUAUGGGGCAUUACAGGAAGCAGAUAAGCCCAAAACUUUUGCCUGCUCCUUGUGCUUAGAUUUAUCCACUUUUCUUUUUUUUUUUUUUUUUUUUUUAUGGUUAACUAGGAGUACGGAGCAUGUGUGGCGGUUUGUUUUUUUGUUUGUUUGUUUGGUUUUUUUUUAUUCUUUUAAUAAGAUCGUUCCUGAAUGAGGCGCUUAGGUUCACGGUGGGACAAUGAAACUUUAAUCCUGUACCUUUUGUAAGAUUGCUAGCUUUCUGCCACGCUUCCUUUUAAAAGUUAGACUAUGGAUUGCCUACUCCAUUUUAUGUAUAAAAUACUAUAUAGUAUAAUACCGUAGUGUAAUACUAUAUAGUAACGGUGUGUCUGUAUCAGUCCGGGUUCGGAAAUGUGUGGUUGGCCAGUCGCGAAUAGUUCUGUUUCACCUAUAAACUGUCCCACCUUCAGGGGGGUGUGUAACUUUCAGAUGUAUAACAUGUUUACAGAUGUGCCCGACAUUCUAGUCCUCCGACCUCCCUCUUUUUAAUUCCUGUUGAGUCUCCCAACUGCUUGCCAAAAGUCGGAAUCGCCUCCAGCUCCGCUGCGGAAGAGCUGGGGGCAUUCCUGAGCUUUAAAGUGUUGAACAAACUGGACGGUGGGACUGGGAAAAUUAAGGUGGAAGAAAUGGUUUUUUUUCUUUGUUUUGUUUUUUUUUUUUAUAUAUAUAUUAUUAUUUUCAAAAAGUUGAAGGCUAAUAGCAAAGUUUCCAGUUUGUUUUACUGGCUUUAAGGCUCUGCUGUGUAUUUAUUUGCCUUGUGUAGUCACUUGUCGCCUUAAGGGCUGGGUUCCGUUUAAAAAAAAAAAAAAAAAAAAAAAAAAGACAAAAAAAAAAAAUACAAAACCAAACCCUGUUUUGCUUACCUGGGGACUGUGCUGUCCUUGUCGUCCCCCCGCCAGCCCCCAGAGCCGCUCUGGGGGCUGGCGCGACGCGGCAGUAACCCACGCUCCAUCUGACCCUUGGCGUUUAGAAAGAUCCCAGUCCUGCCGAAUGCCUGAGGACGCUCCUCUUGGCCCCAUCCAGGCCCUCUUCUAAAUAGCGGAAAGAAAUGCUGAACGCAACACGGUUCGAGUGGUGGGUUGGGUUGGUUUUUCCUUCCCCGUCCUCUCCCCCCCUGCCCCGCGAUGUUUGUCCCUGCUGCUUUUCCUCGCUGCCGGCGGUGCCCAUCCAGACCCCCCCACCUGCAGCUUCUCUGCUGUGUUUCCGACCAUCUCCCUCUCGUCAAAUGUCUGUCUGUCUGUCUCCACGAGCUCCGCGGCGUGUGCUCGGCGCUAAGCAGUUAGGAAAAUCCUCUCUCUGAGCUCCCGUGGCUCCGGCUGGCUGCUGCCGGCGCGGUUUCUGGGAUAGACUAUAGCCUAGAGCCAGGCAGGACCGUGGAAGAAACUUCCUCGUGCCGUCGUGUAACUCGCCCUGUCGCUAUCUGCAGUCCUCCCCAAGUCCUCACACAAUUCUUUACUGAGCACUUAUUAAAAAAUAUCUUAAGAUUUAAUCUGUUUUCUGAUUAUUUUUGUGUAAACUUAUAAAAAAAAAAAAAAAAAGAAAAAAAAAAACACAACCCCACAACCCUGAAAUUGAGCUGUGACUAAUUUAGCACAUUUAAAUAAUGCUAAGGUGUUACUGAUGAGUCUCAUGUUUUGGUUUUUUGUUUUUGUUUUUGUUUGACUCAGAGUAUUAGUACUGUAGCAUAAACCAAAUACAGCCCGGGAAGGGGGGCAGCAGCCGCCUUCCCCCCGGUCUGCGCCCCGGGGUGUCCGUGUGUCCCGCGGGGGCGAGGAGCUGGCGGCUCCCGUGCCAGCGUCCUACUCGCCCGAGGGGAGCGAGCGUCUAUUUAUUUGUGCCAUUGUUUUCAUUACACUGAGUAAAGUUUUAAAACAAACAAACAAAAAACCUUAAAUAACGCGUAGUAUGGGAAAGUGGCACUAAGGGUGGAAUCGUGACCUAUUUUUUUAUUAGCUAUGAAGAUACUAAUUCAGGUUAAGGCUUUUCUCCUCUUUCUGUUCCCGGUGCGGAUGCGAUGAGUCCCUUUUUGCCGGUUCCCAGAGUUUGUAUUUGUCGGAGGGAGGAUUCCUGCAGGGGCUGUCUCCUUCCUCCUCUGGUCUUUCCCCGCGGCGGCUCCUCUGCCGGCAGCUCCCGUCGGGUGUCUCUCGUCCAGGCUGGAAUGCGUUCCACCAUCCGGAUCCAGCACGGUCUGCCUUCCCUUCGGUGGGUCAGGGAGUGUUUCCUCCACUCCAAGAGAUGAUUUAAAAGCUGCUCCGUGCUCCCGGUGACGGUGGUUUGGGAACCUUCAGCCUCUCUGCUCCCUCCCUCUCCACCUGGCCGCUGGAUCGGCAAGGCGAUGGCUUCCCGUCUUUGCUUGGAGUUCGGUUUUGGUUUAAACCCACCUCAGUUGUCCGUGAAACCCGGUUUUGAUGUUAGAAUAUCUCUCAUCUCUCUGACAACGUGGGUAUAGCUCCAGGGCAUGGUUUCUGUCGCUGACCCGCUUCAAACCAUCGUCCUUUCUGAACCGCAGAUCCCACUGUUUGCCUCUCGUACCUGCUGUGAGCUUCUCUGAAAUGUGGGAAAAAUACCCAGUUCUCAUUAGAUCGCGAGUGUGCCGGCUGUUUGGCGGCUGGGAGCGGGCGGUGGGGUGAAUUGGCCGGCUGAAUCGAACAGAAAAUUGCUUUCUGCUUGGGAAAAAAAGAAAAAAAGAGAGAUAGAAGUUGUCCUCUCGGUUGCGUGUGUAAUUAGUGUUUUUCACCUUCAAGAAAGCGUUACGGUAGCACGAUGGCAUCCUUUCCAGAAGUGGCCAGUGGGUGACUUCAGGGACAUCUGGGAGCGAUGGCGUUCACAGGCGUCUCUCUGGAUUGCCGGUGGUUUUCCUCUGCGUUCAGUUUUUACUCUUGGUUCAGCGUUUUCAGUACGUGGCUAUGGUGUCCGAAGCUUUCAGCAGUCUUGUCCCUAGAAGAUUUUUCUGUCUACGUCUGUAGUGAUUUGUUUUCCUUGCGGAGGCUGUUUACAAGGGAGAUGGUCGAGGUCAGGAGGGGGGAGAUCAAGGCUACGCCUAAUUUAAAGCUGCUACACAUUUUCGCGCCGGUGCGUAAGGCAGGAGGAGGGCGAGGGCUGGAGGAACGCGAGCGUGGUGGGGUAAUUUCAGCUUUGGCCACCGCGAGAGCGUUUUUUUCCAUGCGAAAAAGCCCUAGCGCCAGCAGUUGGGAAGCGGGAACCUGGUGGGAAGGAGCAGGAGAUCCGGGUCCGCGCUGCCGGAGGCGCUGCCUGCCAGAGAUUACAGAGCUUUAGACAUUUGCACAAUCCGCGUUACGCCACAGGGUAAGGCUGGCUGCCUCGCGUCCUGCUCGAGACCCUCAAAAGCGGCGAGACCCCGGAGGAGCGGACGCCUGGGGAGGCACAAGAGAGCUCCACGGCGGCCUUGCGCUGGGGGCCGGAGACCCUCGGAGCGGUGUCGGGCUGCUCGCCGUCCUGGGACGGGAGCAAAAGUCAUACUUGUGCUUUCGCCGGGGGAUGCUGAGCUGUAUUUAUCUUGACUGUUAAUCAGAAAGCUUCGUCUGACGUGUCCAGAGCUCUAAAGCCAUUUUGUAAGAUAGCAGUAUCCCUUUUCUACAGCCUUAUUAACGAGUAGAGUAUCUUUAAAAAGAAGAAAAGGAGAAAAAAAAAAAAAAAAGAAAAAAAAAAAGAAAAUAGUUCGUUUCUUUCUGUGGUAUGAAACUUGUGUACUGCGAACAUAUGAACGUUUAGCGAAAACACAACUUACAGUUUUCUUAAAAAACAAAUGGAAAAAAAAAAAACACAACAAAAAAAUAACAAAAAACCAACCUGUCUGCUUUCCAUACGGUCUUUCCUCAGGUGCUAAAUAAGGGUUCCAAAAAUGGAUACUGCUUUAGGAGUUUCUGCUUUAUUCUUAAAAUACAUAUUUUUUUGCUUAGGUGUUGUAAAGAUAUUUUAACAAGAAUGUUUUUUUAAUGUAAAUAAGAUUGUGUCUUUUAAUUUUUGUUUUAUCUCCUCUUUUUUUUUUUUUGUCUGUAUCGAAUAGUCUAAUUUCCAUGUUUAUCCUUUUGAGAAGGACCCUCUUAUGACCUUCCUCGAAGACAUUUCAUUGAGUGUUGCUGCAUUUAAGAAUGAAUCUACAACUGUUCAUUGUCUUGGAUUAAUGCUGCUGCUGCUAUAAGUAACCCUGAAAAUCAAGAAUGUGUGAUGCACUUUUUUUUUUGGGGGGGGGGGCUUUGUUUUGUUCUAGUUUUUUUUUUUUAUUACAUGACCAUAUAAUUCCUCUGCGGAUCGUCGAACCCUCCUGUAACAGCCACUAACUCUGCGGGUCGCGUCGGGCCUGGGGGGAGCCGGGGGCGUAGGAGAGGGCUGUACCUGAAUUUGGUGCUGACCUACGGGAAUUUCUAUGCAAACGCAAAGCAAAGGAGAACUCUUUUAACUUGAGAGAACACUGUGCAUUUUUAUUUUUAGUAUUUGAUUCUUUUUUUCCUCCCCCCCCCCCUUCCUUUUUCUCAAGCUGCUAUUGGAAGGGUAGUGCAAAUCCCUGAGGUUUUCAGCUUCUCCUUCCUCGACGGCUGGUGGUGCGGGAAAGAUGCCUGAGUAUAACUUGUAAGGUAGAAAAAUCUCAACCGACUGUUGUCUCGUCUCCGGUUUUAAUAUUUUUGUUUUCUGUUUGAACCUUAUCUUUGGAAGGAAAUCGCUCAUCUCUGCGAAAAAGAUCUUUUUAACGCUUUAUCUCAAUGUGAAGUUAACCAGCAGUAUUAAUGAUCGCGCGGACUCCUUCCUGCCCCUGGGGAGCACUCGGUGCCCGGAGUGGGAUGUUUUCCGAGGAGGAAAAAAGGAAAAAAAAAAAAAAAAAAGCGAUGCCAGGCCAUCUACCCAGCCGAAACCUGGCGGCCGAGGCGUGAGAAUGGUGGAGGGAGGUCCCGCUGCAUCGAGGUGCUGCCGCGGGGCACCGGCAGGUCCAGGGCCUCUUGUCUUCAUGGGUCGCAGCUGGACCACCGCGGGGGGGACGCGCUCCGUGAAGGAGGAGUUUACUGGAGGGGGGGGAAAAGGGAAUUUACUUGACUACUUAUAGAAGAUCCUUUAGGAAAACAAAGUACCUCUGUAAAGUGAGGGAAGAGUAAGGAAAGUCUAAAAGUCGUGUAGGAAAAACGCUUGGGGAUUACACCUGCCUGGAAAAUAGUAUAUAAAUACCGUAGGCCAGAACUCUGCCUGUUUAAUUAGUUUAUUCGGCAUCAUAUUAUUUUUUUUUAGCCAGCGUUUGCUCUUUUACACACCUGCGUGUGUGUCCAUCCGACUAAAUGUGCCUUGCGUUGCGUGCGUAGUCUUGCUGAGGAGCGUUUGUGGCGGUGGGUGAGCUGCUGGCAGGUGGCAUGGGACGGCCGGGCUCGGGGGCCGGCACCGCGAUGGCCGUGCCCCAUCUACAGUCCAGGCUCCGUCACUGUCCCGGACACCCGUCGGAUGGGAACGAGAACCUGGACUCGGGCCCACGGAGCGGCCGUCUUAGAGUUUGGGGACGACAUCCCGUGGGGUGGCACCUUUCCUUUCCUAACACGAGCCGUUUUCUGUGACUUUGGAGGGUUUCUUUUGGGGGGGAGAGAAAGAGAAGCUGCUUUGCUGUUCUCCUGCGGACAAAAACCCAGCGUUGCCGUGCUUUGCCCGCAAAGCCAAAGCGCGUGGAGCUCUGGAACCGGCUUUGCUCUGGAGUUAGGGCUCUCUGCGGCACCGGGGACCUCAUUACCCGGGGGGUUUAUUCCCCUUCCAGGUUGUGGUUCUUGUUACUGUGGGUUUUUUCAGUUUUGGGUUUUUUUUGUUUUUUUUUUUUUUCAUAAAGGAGAAGUAAACACGCCUUGCUGAAAGUUAACGAAAUAGAAGUGCUUAUGUUUGCAGUCAGUGGCUCAGAAAACGAAGCUGUGCAAUUCUUGUUUCUUCAUCUCUCUCCCGACUCGCUCGCCCCCGAAGCGUGAUUUCUGUCCGAGUCUUUCCGUACUUCUGCCACUGUAAAUGUGAACGCUUGCUUGCAUUGUUUUUUUAGAAAUGCAUUUUGCACACUCGGGUUUCGCUGAAGCUCCGUGAAAAGGUUAGUUUGAAGCAGAUGAAUAAAGCUAUGCACAUGUUUUGAAAGUUUUAAUUUGUGUCUCAUUACCAGAAGUGACUUAUCUGCCCUCUUUUUGCAUUCCUGUGCUGUCAUUGCCUGCAUUCUCUUCCCCGUCUCGGAGGGUUUGAUGUAAGGUGACAGUUCUUUGCUGACAGCCGUAGCAGAAAACUGGCGCUUCUUGAUUUUUUUAGUAGCCUAUCUCUCUCCUUUGCUUUCUCCGUAUCUCUCUGUAUAGCUAUAUAAAUAUAUAUAUUAUUUUUUUAUUUUCAAAGAGCCUACUUUAGUAAUUGAAUUGGAAGGGAGCGGGGGUGUGCUGGCUUGUGUUUCAGAGACACUUCGUACCGUGGGAUGAACGAGUGCCCUUUUUUCCCUCCGGUGGGGAGCGGGGCGGUAGUACCUGCCGGCAUCCCGCCGCCACAGCUUCCAGGAGGGGAUGGAGACGGGUCGGCCGCGCCGCAGCCUGGUGGCGAGGGCAAACGCGAACCUUCUAAUUGACAAAAUGACCCGAAGAGAGAAACCCUACUGUCGCGUGUUCCCACUGUGAGGCGGGAGGGACAGGCUCUCCCCGCCACGGGGGCUGUGGUCCGCAGCCCGCUGGAGCGGAGGGUGGGCUCCCGCCGGUCCGCGGGGCGAGAGCUUUAUUUUGGUGGCGUUUUCACGAGUUGGGUUGCGGGUGCCGCCUUUGGAAACUUGUUGCUUAGCCCAGAGAGUCGGGAUUUCAUGAUGGGAGAAGGACCCUCACAGCUUUCUCCUCAUGUUCCCUUCGCCAUGGCAGAAAUUUGUACUAACUUGACAGCUUUUUUUCAUACAGAACAGGGCUGCUUUUCUAUCUACCAUCACACGUGUACUUACACACCUUCAGCGGCUCGCGAGCCUCUGAAGGUCCUCAACUUGUUUACUGGGGGGGGACGGAUGCCCCUCUCUCCCCCCUUCCCUGAAUAUUUCAGUGUUAAGGGCGGUGCGAAACACAACCGCGCGCUUCGACUCCGAGCUGGGGCUGGAGCCGUCUCCUCUCCUGUCCCCUGUCCCCCCACCCCGGCCCCCAGCCCCGUCGAUAAGUUCUCAUUUCGUUCGGUUUCCCGGUGUGUAUUAAAGUGGCUGCGAGGGGUUGUGCUCUUACCUGCUCAGGAGCUGAAUUACCUCUGACCCGCGGAGAGGGGCAGCCCCUCUUUGUUGUCCAUGUUGUAGCGUGCGACCACACGGAUCGGUAAAGGUAGUCUUUUGUUUUCUUCUCCCCCUCCCCGGUAUUUCCAAUUAGGUUAAUGCACUCUGUGUGCGCCCAGCUGGAAAAAGCGUCGGCGUUUUCCCGGUCGUGAGAGGGUGGCUGGAAGAGUUAGUGUAAUACCUGCUGUAGCUGUGUCCGGCGCAGGCCCUUGCGCUGGUGUGGGUGAUGUCACGGACUAUAAGGAUAGGUAAUGUCCAUGAGCUGUAAUGGCAUGAUGUAUCUUUACCAAUGAUGUCAUACUUCACACUAAAUGUUUAAAAAAAAAAAAAAAAAAAAGUUACCCGAAAUUUUGUUUAUUCUGCACCAACAGGUCUUCAAAAUUUAUCCAAAUUUUAUUAUUUUAUCAGGAAAAAAAAAAAAAAGAAAUUUGUGUAGAUCGAAUACGUUAAGACAGACAAUAAGUGAUGUAAAUUGUU